AUGUUUCGCUACGCUUUCAUUCUGUUCGUACUGUGUGUAACGGCACAAGCGAAAUCAGAAAAUAAGAAGCGAUCCGCAUCACCUCAUAUCCCGAUAAGGCACAGCUAUUCGGAGUACCAAAACAAUGUAGCCAUUCCAAUACCCCAGCCGGUACCCGUGAGCGUCCCACGGCCAGUGCCGGUGAGUGUGCCAGUCGCUGUGCCAGUGGAUAGUCCACGACCAGUUCCAGUAUCAGUUCCACAACCCGUGGCCCAAGUUAUUGCAAGGCCAGUAGCAGUGCCGGUGGAUCGACCUGUAGCAGUUCCAGUUUCUCAGCCCGUCCCAGUUACUAUAACCCAGGGUGUUGGUAUCCCAGUACCACAGCCAUACGCUGUCAGCGUGCCAGCACCUGUCCCAGUAGGAGUACCGCAACCUGUUGCAGUGCCGGUUGUGGCACAAGCUGUUGGGAUUGGAUUAGCCGGUUCGGGAAUUGGAAUUGGUGGAAUUGGUGGAAUUUCUGGAGUAGGUCUCGGUGGUUUGUCAUCUGGUAUAUCCAUCGGGGGCUUAUCGUCCGGGAUAGGCGUCAGUGGGAUAUCUUCGGGUGUAGCGUUAGGUGGAUAUUCUUCUAGCAUUGCUCAUGGUAUUGGCAGUAGAAUAUUGGCUCCAGUUUCCAUUUCUCAUCCUAUAAUAACGUCUGGUUCAGGAUAUGCAUCAGGUUACGGUGGAGGCUACUCAUCCAGCGGUCAUUAUAGCCACCAUUAGUUAUACUCGUAGUUUUAAUCUACUUUAAACGUUUUUAUGCUAUCACCUAAAUUGUGGCUAUAGGGUCUCUUUUUAUAUUGUUCUAGUCCAAUUUUUGUUUGUGUCAUGAGCUUGAUAAUAAUGUUUUUAUUUGUCAAACUUUUGUAAUGGAAUCGUCUUUAAUUAUUAGUAACUAUCAACAUAAAAAGAUUAUCCGAGCAAUGAGUCUAGUCUCUCAAGAGAGUAUUUGAUUUGAAUUCAUAUGUGAUAUUUUGUCGUUUUGUUUGUGAGUAUUUUUUUAAGACUGUAUAAUUUUAUGAGGGUUAAUUCCACUCCACCCACCUUUGUCUAUAUUCAUUGUAUGUGUUCUACUAAUUCUCUUUAAUAAAUAUUGUGUAUAAAAAUUAAA